AUGGAAUGGACGGCGCGAAAUAAUUCUGAAUCGGAUAGAAUAUCGAGUCAACAAGAGCAAGGAUCAGCGGAACAUAAUGAUCGCGAUUUGAGAACAACAAUAGAGACAAUCGAAAGAUUGUCUCUUAGGCAGCUGACAAACUUCGGUGAAAACGUAGAACAAACGAGUAUCGAACUGACUAUUCAAGAAAAGUUACCUCGAUGGGUACUCGAUGAAGUGUACAAACGGAAGGAGCUAGACCCAGAUUGGUCUGUCAGUAAGCUUCGACAAUUCAUAGAAAUUAUUGUGAAACGAAGAGAAACGAUUAAUCAAAUUUAUGGACCAAAGAAUCCAGACGAUGCAAGAACAACGUGCAACAGAAGAAUUUAA